UCCGCCCGGAGCCGAGGGGGUUAAAGCUGGCGGCAGCUGCGGCGGCUGUUAAUGAUUGAUACCAAUGACGGUCUCCAUGGGCUUGGAAGGGAAAUCAUCCGCCCCGGCCGGCUGCGGGAGAGCCACCGGCACGGCGGGUGGCGCGGCAGGCGGAGGGGACGCGCGGUGGCACCGCCACAAUGAAAGGCGGAACACCUUCCUGCACCCAGUGACGGGACAGGUCCCCGAGGACACCUCAAGGCUUGACUUGCCAAAACACAGCUCGGACAUGUCCAGCAAGGCGGGCAGCAAGCGGCCGGCCACCGUCCCCAGCGAGCCCCCCAACCACGCCAUGGUGGCCGAGGUGCCCCCGGAGCGCCCCGGAGGCCGGGCUCCGCGCUCAUCCCGCAAGGGCAUCGCCUUCGGGAAGCGCUCCAACUCCAUGAAGAGGAACCCCAACGCCGCCGUCACCAAGAGCGGGUGGCUCUACAAGCAGGCCAGCUCUGGGGUGAAGCAGUGGAACAAGCGCUGGUUCGUGCUGGUGGAUCGCUGCCUCUUCUACUACAAAGACGAGAAGGAGGAGAACAUCCUGGGCAGCAUCCCCCUGCUCAGCUUCCGCGUGGCCGCCGUGCAGCCCUCGGACAACAUCAGCAGGAAGCACACGUUCAAGGUGACGGUGUGCUGGGUGGAGGAGCUGCCGGCGGGUAACGGGCAGUCCCUGUCUCCCCAGGCCGAGCACGCCGGCAUCCGCACCUACUUCUUCAGCGCCGAGAACACGGAGGAGCAGGAGUCCUGGAUCCAGGCCAUGGGCGAGGCCGCCCGCGUGCAGAUCCCGCCGAGCCAGAGGCACGAGAAGCCAGACUCGGAGAACAUCCCCCCCAGCAAACACCACCACCACCACCACUGCAACGCCGCCCACCGCGAGCACCCCAAGGCCGAGCCCGACGCCAAGACCCGCGGGGAGGGCGACGGCCGCGGCUCGGAGAAGAUGGAGCGGAAGCCGUCGGAGCGGGCGGACGGCAAGAAGGAGCCUCUGGCCAAAGCCAACGGCCUCGGCGGGCAGGAGCCGCCCUCAGAGCCGGGCAGUCCCUACCCCGAGGGGCCGCGGGCGCCGGCGAGCGCCGAGCGGCCGGCACAGCCCAACGGGUGGCCGUACCCCUCGCCCAGCCGGCCCAGCAGCACCGCCUUCCCCCCGGCGGGUGACGGCGAGAGCGGGGCCCAGCGCCGGGGCGUCACCCCCAGGUCCCACCCCGAGAAGGUGGCCCAGCGCAAGAGCUCCAUGACGCAGCUGCAGCAGUGGGUGAACUCGCGCCGCGCCACCGCGGCCCCCGAGGAGCUGCGCAGCCCCAGCAGGUUUUACCCCGUAUCCCGCCGGGUGCCCGAUUAUUACUCGCCCUACUCGCCGCAGUACCCCGAGGAGUACCAGUACUACCCGCCGGGCGUGCGCCCCGACAGCAUCUGCUCCAUGCCCGCCUUCGACCGCGUCAGCCCGCCGUGGGCGCUGGAGGACAAACGCCACUCCUUCCGCAACGGGGGUCCCUUCCACCCCGCCUUCGGCCGCCAGGACGUCCCGCUGUGGCUGCCGGCGCCCGCCAGGCCGCCGAGCUACCUGGACGAGGUGGACGCGGCCUCGGGCUCGCUGCGGAGGAUGUCGCUGCAGCCGCGCUCGCGCUCGGUGCCGCGCUCGCCCAGCCAGGGUUCCUACGGCCACGCCAGGGUUUACUCGCCCGUGCGCUCGCCCAGCGCCCGCUUCGAGCGGCUGCCGCCCCGCGGGGACGAGAUUUACGCCGACCCCGCCACCUUCGUGAUGCGCAGAUCCAUCAGCUCGCCCAAGUACGAUUACCUGGGUGACCGGCGGCCCGUCCCGGCUGGGGUGUACCCGUACCCCUUCCCGGCGUCCCCCACCAUCCACGACAAAAUGAUGAGCGAGAGCGAGACCCUCAUCACUAUGGUGAACAGGAUGGUGGAGACCUCCUCCCCUAGGGCCCAGCUCUACAUGCAAGUGACGCCGUUCCCGGAGCCCUACAGGGACACCCUGCACCCCUACAAGAUCAGCGAGCAGGACACCGAUAAGCUGCUGGGGAAGCUCUGCGAGCAGAACAAGGUGCUGCGGGAGCAGGAGAGGCUGGUGCAGCAGCUCCGGGCUGAGAAGGAGAGCCUGGAGAGUGCCCUGAUGGGGACACACCAGGAGCUGGAGAUGUUCGGGAGCCAGCCCGCCUACCCCGAGAAGCUGCUGCACAAGAAGGAAUCGCUGCAGAACCAGCUCAUCAACAUCCGGGUGGAGCUGUCCCAGGCCAGCACGGCCCUGGCAAACAGCACGGCCGAGUACGAGAGCCUGGAGAGCGAGGUGUCCACCCUGCACGAUGACCUCUGGGAGCAGCUCAACCUGGACAUCCAGAACGAGAUGCUGAACCGGCAGAUCCAGAGGGAGAUCUGGCGGAUCCAGGACGUGAUGGAGGGGCUGAGGAAGAACAACCCCUCCCGAGGCACCGACACGGCCAAGCACAGAGUGGCCCUGGGCCCCUCGGGCACGUACAGCUCCAACAGCCCUGCCAGCCCCCUGAGCUCUGCCAGCCUCACCAGCCCCCUGAGCCCCUUCUCCCUCAUCUCUGGCUCCCAGGGAUCGCCCACCAAGCCCGGCCCUGGCGAGGAACCGGGCCCGCCUCGACCUCCCCUCCCCAAGUCCUACGUGCCCCUGGAGGCUCCUCCGGCCGUUCCUCCGCUCCCCAGCGAGAGCCGCCUCUGGCCCUACCCCGCCUCCCCUUCCUGGCACCAAGGAGAGGCCAAGCGGGGACAGCCCAAACCAGGCUUGGAGCCGAGCAAGAAGGAGCCGCCCCGGCCCAGUCCCCCCGGCCCCGCGCCCGAGGGGCUCCCGCAGAGCCGGCCGGAGCACGACGGCGACAAACAAGCGGCUCUCAACAAAGUGGGAAUCGUCCCCCCCAGGACCAAAUCUCCGGCGGAGGAGGAGGCGGUGCCCAGGAGGAACGGGCUGGCCAACGGGCUCGGCUCCCGGGAGAGACCCAAGAGCGCCGUGUUCGCCACCGAGACCAAGGUGAAGAUGAGCGUGGAGGAGCAGAUCGACCGCAUGAAGCGCCACCAGAGCGGCUCCAUGAAGGAGAAGCGGCGCAGCCUGCAGCUCCCCGGCCCCCAGCCCGACCCCCCCGGCACCAAAACCCCCUCCUCCUACAAGGUGGUGCGGCGACACCGCAGCAUCCACGAGGUGGACAUCUCGGACCUGGAGGCCGCGCUGCGCUCCGACGAGCCCGGCAAGGUGUACGAGACGCCGCAGGAGGAGAUCGCCCGGCUGCGCAAGAUGGAGCUGGAGCCGCAGCACUACGACGUGGACAUCAACAAGGAGCUGUCCACGCCGGACAAAGUCCUGAUCCCCGAGCGCUACGUGGAGCUGGAGCCGGAAUCGCCCCUCAGCCCCGAGGAGAUGAAGGAGAAGCAGAAGAAGGUGGAAAGGAUCAAGACUCUCAUUGCCAAGUCCAGCCUGCAGAACGUCAUCCCCCUGGGCGAGGGGGAGGUGGACACCCCCCAGGACCCUGAGGUGCAGCUGCAGGAGCAGGAGAAGAGGAUCGAGAUCUCCUGUGCCCUGGCUGCCGAGGCCUCGCGGCGUGGCCGGAUGCUCUCGGCUCAGUGCGCUACCCCCAGCCCUCCCACCUCCCCAGCCUCCCCGACUCCACCGACCAACCCCCUCUCGUCCGAGCCGCCCCGGGCCGACAGCAGCCACCUCAUGCGGGUGUGAGCCUGUGACCUCAAGCCCUGGCUGCUGCCGGCGCCAUCAAGUUCCACGGGGCCACGUUUUAGUCCCCUCCUGAGGUGACACCGAACCUCUCGCCACCGUCCUCGGUUCUCCCGGACUCCCUUCCCUCCCUCCGGCGGCGACACCAGCGGGAGAGGCGGCACCGACGGGAGCCCUGUCCCAAAGAGGCGGGCGGGGGCUGGGAUUGUCCCCAAGGAGUCCCCAGGGCUGUCUGCGGCCACCGGGACAGCCCCGGACAGCCGUGACAGCGGCCACCAGGACACACCUGGACAGUUGUGACAGUGGCCACCGGGACAGCCGUGACAGUGGCCACUGGGGCACACCCGGACAGCCAUGAUAGUGGCCACCAGGACACAGCUGUGACAGCGGCCACACUCAGACAGCUGUGACAGCAGCCACCAGGACAGCCAUGAUAGUGGCCACCAGGACAUAGCUGUGACAGCGGCCACCAGGGCACACUCAGCUGUGACAGUGGCUACCAGGGCACACCCGGACAGCUGUGACAGCAGCCACCAGGACAGCCAUGAUAGUGGCCACCAGGACACAGCUGUGACAGCGGCCACACUCAAGACAGCUGUGACAGCGGGCCACCAGGACAGCUGUGACAGUGGCCACCGGCCCAGUGGCGAGCACAGCACUCCUGGGAUGGCCCCCAAGGUCUGUGAAGGGGCUCUUGGGGUGGGGACCUGCCUGUCCCCACCACGGAUGGUGCUGCCACCUCCCAGCGGACGCGGAUCCUCCCCCUCGGCUCCUCGGGCGCCGUUUCCCCUCCCUGAGCUCUGACCCUGAUUUUGGAACACGUCUGUGUCACCACCGGUGGCCCAGCCGGAGGAAGAGGGGACAGGACGGACGGAGGUGGCACUGGGGGCACACGGAGGUGCCCAGGGCGCUCCAGGGCUCUCCAAGCACGGAGCUCUGGGCAGGGAUAGGGCAGAGCAGGGAACUGGGAUGCCAGGUGGGAAAACGCAGCUGUGGGGUGGGCAGGGACCCCCUCUGGAGGGUGGGGAUGGUGCUGAGGAGGGGUUUGGGGACAGAGGUGUCACCUGGGGACCUGCUGUUGCCCUCCAAAAAAUCCCUUCCCGCUGCUCUCCAGCCCCUUCCAGCGGUUCGGAUUUCCUGUAGCAAAUUCCCCCUUUUCUUUAUCAUCCCGGAGGAUGGGAAAAAAAAGCAGAAUCCUUGGAAGGAUGCGAGCGUGGCAGGGGCCAGGAGCUGGAUCCCAAAUCCCAAAUCUCCAACCCCAAAUGCCAUCCAUCCCUCCUGGCCCCUUCCCAAACCCCCAGGAUCUCCCUGCAUCCCAAUCCCAACUUAGCAAUACUUGUAGGAUCCCUGGAGCCCUGAACCCCGCUGCCCUCUGAGCCUCCCUCAGCCCCUUUAGCUCAUAAAGCUGGCCCUUUAUUUUGCUAUUUACAUGCCUUAAUAUAUGUUUGAUGGAAAUUCUACAUUUAUAAUAUAUAUCUAUAUUUGGUUUUCCUCUUCUCUUCCCGGGAAAAAAGCUCGUGCCGAGCUCUCUCUUCUCCGCAGGAUUUGUUGGUGCCAGCCCCGCCAACAAAAAAAAAAAUUAAGAUUCUUUGGCAAUUUAUCAGAGGGGGAAGGAAAUUAAAAAAAAAAAAAAAAAAAAAAAAAAAAAAAAAAAUAUAUAUCUAUUUUUUCUGCUUUUAUUAAAAGCAAAUUUAUUUAAAAUAAAAUAUACAGAGACUGUAAGUUUGAAGAGAGGAUGAGUUUAUUUCCCUGUGUCCCCUCUCGGGUCACUGGGGCAGACCCCCCCUUACUUUGGGGACACCUUGGGGACAUCCUGGGGUGGCUGUGGGGCAGCAAUUCCCAUCUCAGGGAGCCAUCCUGCCCUUCCCAAAGCCACCAGCUGCUGUCCCCAAGGUGUGACCCGGCCGCGGUUUUAUUUUAUUUUAAAAAAACCCCAAUAAUAAAAAAAAAGGAAACCAAACCUUAAUCAAUUAAUUUUAUUUUGGUUAUUAUUUUUCAUAAACACUUCAUAAAGCAGUGACUUGUUAACCCGGAAAGGAUUUGCAUCGGGAGGAAGUAAAUAAAUAAAUCUAUUU